UCGCCACCCCCACCCCCAAACCCACUCCACCGCGAACAAGGAAUCUGUGUCUUUCAAAAACAAAAAAGCAUUUUUUAUUUCAAAAAUACAUCAAAGUCUCCAACAAAAAAGUUCAAAAAUUUGCGACUCCGUAGCCCGUCGUCUCUCACAGUCGGUCUUUUUCUACUUCCAAUCUCUGCAACUUUUUUUGUCUCUUUGAGGAAGAAGACAUUUUAUCUUUCCGUCAAGUCGUCAACACGUAUUCAUAGAUGCAGACGUAGAACAGUCGUCUCAGUUCACUGAAAACUUCAGACUUACGUACUGGUUGGCUUUUUAGCUUUGAACGUGCAGAGGAAUUCAAAAUGCAUUAAAGUUCUCCACGACGCCAUGUGACUCUUCUGACAGUGUUUCACGUUCCUAUUCUUCUCCAGCUCGGCUGAUCGGUGAAUUGGGAGAGGACAGGAAUGUCGGCGUCUUCCUCCAGAGGACGAAGUAGCUCCCCUUUUCACCGCCGGAAGCCGUCGAGUCCGUUCUCUUCGUCGUUGUCCUCCUCGUCGUUCAUGAACGGACGGCUCAUACCUCGAUCGUCAUCAUCAUCGAACACCUCGUUCUCUGGAUCAGCUGUUGGGUACAAUUCCAGAUCGAUGACAGCGAGUACAAGCCGAAGCGAUUCUGCUUAUCAAAAAAAUUAUGGAAAUCGUACUCCAGUCCAUUAUCCGUCCGCGGAUGAGCUGCUUGCCGAGCCAGUGGAUGCUUCCAGAUCGGGAGACAGUAUAUCGGUGACCGUCCGAUUUCGUCCUAUGAGUGAACGGGAAUAUCAGAAAGGGGAUGAGAUCGCUUGGUAUCCAGAUGGUGAAAAAGUUGUUCGAAAUGAAUAUAAUCCAGCCACUGCUUAUGCAUUUGAUAGAGUAUUUGGACCUGAUACAAGUACUCAGGAGGUUUAUGAAGUAGCUGCUAGACCAGUAGUCAAAGCUGCAAUGGAAGGGGUAAAUGGAACUGUAUUCGCUUAUGGUGUUACUAGCAGUGGAAAGACACAUACUAUGCAUGGAGAUCAAAGUUCUCCAGGUAUAAUUCCAUUGGCGAUAAAGGAUGUUUUCAGCAUUAUUCAAGAUACUCCAGGAAGCGAAUUUUUGCUUCGUGUAUCAUACCUCGAGAUCUAUAAUGAGGUGAUCAAUGACUUGCUUGAUCCCACCGGGCAGAAUCUGCGUGUUAGAGAAGAUUCACAGGGUACUUAUGUUGAGGGUAUAAAGGAAGAAGUUGUUUUAUCCCCGGGUCAUGCACUUUCUUUCAUAGCUGCAGGGGAAGAGCACCGUCACGUUGGUUCAAAUAAUUUUAAUUUGUUUAGUAGCCGCAGUCACACAAUAUUUACAUUGAUGAUUGAAAGUAGUGCCCAUGGAGAUGACUAUGAUGGAGUGAUAUUUUCCCAACUGAACCUGAUUGAUUUAGCUGGGUCUGAGAGCUCAAAGACAGAAACAACAGGAGUAAGGAGAAAGGAAGGAUCAUACAUAAACAAAAGUCUUUUAACCCUUGGAACAGUUAUAGGAAAGUUAAGUGAAGGGAAGGCAUCACAUGUUCCUUAUCGAGAUUCUAAACUUACUCGCCUGUUGCAGUCUUCAUUGAGUGGGCGUGGACAUGUUUCACUCAUAUGUACAGUUACUCCUGCAUCAAGUAAUUUGGAGGAAACUCACAAUACUUUAAAAUUUGCAAGCAGGGCAAAACAAGUUGAAAUUUAUGCAUCUCGUAACAAGAUUAUUGAUGAAAAAUCUUUGAUUAAGAAAUAUCAAAGAGAAAUAUCAUGUCUCAAGCAAGAACUGGAUCAGCUAAGAAGCGGAAUGCUUGUGGGUGUCAACCACGAAGAAAUUGUAACCUUAAAACAGAAGCUGGAAGAAGGACAAUAUAAAAUGCAGUCAAGAUUGGAGGAGGAGGAGGAAGCAAAGGCUGCUCUGAUGAGCAGAAUCCAGAGGCUUACAAAACUAAUUCUUGUUUCUUCAAAAAAUUCAAUUCCAGGCUAUUUGGGUGAUGUCUCUUCCCAUCAAGGAAGCCUACCUGCUUGUGAAGAUGAUAAGUUGGAUGCUCUGCGCGAAGGUUCUUUGCUGACAAACAGACUGAGCCAGAAUAUGCCAUCAGGUGCUUCAGUUUUUAAGCACCAAAGAUCUUCCAGCAACUGGAAUGAUGAUUUAUCACAGGCUGGUAGUACAAUUACCGAAUCAACUCAAGUGGGUGAACUUAUCAGCGGUUCUUCCAGCUCAAAGCAGCCUGCCGAUGAAAUUGGUAUUUCAGACCAGAUGGACCUUUUAGUUGAGCAAGUCAAGAUGCUUGCUGGAGAUAUUGCAUUCAGCACCAGUACACUAAAGCGCUUGUUGGACCAGUCUGUAGAUGAUCCAGAGAGCUUCAAAAGCCAAAUUCAAACUUUGGAGCGUGAUAUUCAGGAGAAAAGAACACAAAUGAGAAUCUUAGAACAGCGAAUUGUAGAGAGCGGUGAAACAUCAAUUGCUAAAGCAUCUAUCGUUGAGAUGCAGCAGACAUUGAUGAAAUUGGUGGCUCAGUGUGGUGAACAGGGUUUUGAGCUUGAGAUUAAGUCUGCAGAUAAUCGCAUCCUUCAAGAACAGCUGCAGAUCAAGUGCUUGGAGAAUGCAGAGCUGCAAGAGAAAAUCAGUCACCUGGAGCAGCAGUUAUCUACACUCAAGAGUGAAAAGUCAUCACCCUCUUCUGAACAGUGUGUGCCAGAUGAAUAUGUAGAUGAACUGAGAAAGAGAAUUCAGAUUCAGGAGAUUGAGAAUGAGAAAUUGAAACUAGAACAUGUUCACAUUGUGGAGGAGAACACUGGACUUCGUGUACAGAACCAAAAACUGUCUGAGGAGGCGUCUUAUGCAAAGGAAUUAGCCUCAGCUGCUGCUGUUGAACUUAAAAACAUAGCCGGGGAAGUCACCAAGCUUUCAUUACAGAACACAAAAAUGGACAAAGAAUUAUCUGCUGCUCGAGAGAAGUUGAUGAACUCUAGUAGGAGUUCCAGUGUGCAGACCGGUAAUGUUGGGAGUCGCAAGUAUACUGAGAGUACAAGAAUGGGUCGUAAGGGUUAUACAUCCGGCCGUGCGAAUGAAGUCUUUCAUGAUGACUUUGACACAUGGGACCUGGACCCAGAAGAUUUGAAGAUGGAAUUACAGGCAAGGAAACAGCGAGAGUUUGCUUUGGAGGCUGCCUUGGCUGAGAAGGAGAUUAUAGAGGAUGAGUACCGGAAAAGGGUUGAAGAGGCAAAGAAAAAGGAAGCUGCUUUGGAAAAUGAUUUAGCUAAUAUGUGGGUGCUAGUUGCACAGCUGAAGAAAGAAAACGGUACUAGACGAGAGUUGAAGGCUAAUGAGAAGCAGAGUGAUGCAGUGGACAACAGCAUUGUAAACGGCAAGGAUCCUGUGUGCUCAGAGCUCCAAUCCCGGGAUCACCCAUCUCCACCGCCUGUCAUUCCAAAAGAAGAACCUCUUGUUGCACGCCUUAAGGCUCGAAUGCAAGAGAUGAAAGAGUUAGAGCGUAAGCACUCCGUGCAGUCGGGGAAUGGGGAUUCAAAUUCACAUGUGUGCAGAGUGUGUUUUGAAUCAUCUACUGCUGCUAUGCUUCUACCUUGCCGUCAUUUUUGCCUUUGCAAAUCUUGCUCCCUUGCCUGUGCCGAGUGUCCAAUUUGCCGGGCAAAGAUUGUAGAUAGAAUAUUUGCCUAUACUUAGAGAGAAGUAAGGACUUCUAGCCAAGCUUGUUAGAAUGGAAAUACUAUCAAAUUACAUGCUGGAUUUUUACUGUAAAUUUGUGAACUGAUGUAAAGCUUAGCCCCCCACACCCCACCCCGUGUUUCCAUGCAGGCCUGCAGGGUCUUCAUUAAGUGUGUGCCUUAUAUUGUCCCAUUCUUUGAUUGGUUCGACUAUGGGCAAUGGCAACUCGGCAAGUGUUAUGAAGCAUUUGUAAUAUAUGUUCAUGUACUCUGGUAACUUCAAAAUUGGAUUGCCAGAGGCUACAAAGAGGACAAAAAUGUCAAUAGAUACGAAAUCAUUCAUUAAUGGAUAUUUCCUCGAUUUUGAUAAUUCUAGCCCUGUCAAUGUUACGAGUUCAUGACGUACAUCGGUACAUGACCUGUUUGCUUUUAGUAAUACAUAUAUUUUUACGAGUUGAUAAAUGUGGUUAUUCAUUGACAAGUCU